GAGAUGCUAUAACUGUUGUCUCUCCUCCAUCCUUAUAUUCAAACAUCCUGUCCUCCCUCUCGCUCCAUCUCUCCCUCCGUCAUCUCUCCAGUCAUGCUGUCCGUAGUGGUAGAACACAUCUUCCUCCUGGUCCUCGUCACCCUCAUCAGUGUCCUGCAGAAUGCUUUCUUUGCCACAAAGGUAGAGAGGGAGGGUAAAGAGCACCACGCCAACACUUCUACUUUUGAGAGAGUGUCCUGCGCCAAUCGUAACUGCAUGGAUUCAUACCCUACCUUCCUGGCUGUAUUGUGGUGUGCUGGACUGUGUCUCAACCAAGCUCCUGCUGCCUUCGCAGGGCUCGUCUACCUGGUGGCCAGACAGAAGUACUUUGUUGGGUAUAUGGGUCAGACAUCUCAGAGCACUCCAGGGUUCGUGUUUGGGAAACGUGUCCUGUCCUUCCUGUUCCUGAUGUGCAUUGUGGGUAUCUUCAACCUCCUGCUGGUGCGUUACUUCGGCAACGACUUUAAAGACACCGUGGAGACCAUCACCACUGCAGCCUCCGCUCUACUCCUCAUUCCCUGAACGCGCGCGCGCGCGCGCGUGUGUGUGUGUCUGUGAGAUGUACUAUGGCAGUGACUAUAAAGUCUAUGUCCAGUUCUCAGUGCUGUGCAUCAUGGGUAGUCAGUAUGUGAGAUGGUUGAUUCAAUGUGGUGAAAAUGGCCUCUUCUGUGCUCAAUAAUUUCACGUUUUAUUUUUUCGAAAAGUAAAUAAAUAAUAAUAUAAUAAAAUAAUAAUAAAGAAAAUAAAAUACUUUUA